AUGCCGCCCGUGCUCUCUGGGGAAGCCGUGGGGGAAGGCGGCCCCUCGGGCAGCACGCUGGUCUUUACAAACGACCAGAAACCGAAGCCAAGCGCGGCAGCGGCGCCUCCAGGCUGUCUCUGGCCGUCUUCCUCAGGCCUCUCUGCGGAGCCCGUGUGGACGGGGCUGCCCUUGCUGCUGGUGCUGGCCAGGGCGGAGCGGCAGGCCGGGCUGCGGGCCAAGGGCGUGGCGGCGCUGCGCUCCCUGGUGCGCUUCGGCAAGCUGCCGCCCGGCCAGGCCCUGGCCCUCCACCUCCUCUGCGACCCCCCCAGCAAGCCCCUCGCCAAGGACCUCCUCCGGGACGCCCUCCGCCACGCCCCCUUCCGAUACAAGGUGAUCUUCCAUGACGUGGCCGUUCUGACGGAGAAGCUGCUGCCCAUCGUGGAGGGCAUGCAGAGGCUAUUCAGCGCGGGCAACGGCACCUACUACAGCGACUCCAUCUUCUUCCUCUCGGUUGCCAUGCACCGGGUCAUGCCCAGAGAGAUCUCGCGGAUCAUCCAGGUGGACCUGGACGUGGAGUAUCGGACCAACAUCCGGGAGCUGUUUGAAGAAUUCGACAACUUCCCGGAAGGAGCCGUGAUCGGCAUCGCUCGGGAGAUGCAGCCCGUCUACAGGCACAUCUUCUGGCAGUACCGCCAGGAGCACCCCGGGACCAAAGUAGGGGAGCCCCCUCCAGACGGGCUGCCCGGCUUCAACAGCGGCGUCCUGCUGCUGGACCUGGAGGCCAUGCGCCAGUCCGCCCUCUACAACCGCCUGCUGGAGCCGGAGGCGGUGCGGCGCCUGGCGGAGAAGUACCACUUCAAGGGCCACCUCGGGGACCAGGACUUCUUCACGCUGGCCGGCAUGGAGCACCCGGGACUCUUCCACCCGCUCGACUGCACCUGGAACCGGCAGCUCUGCUCCUGGUGGCGGGACCACGGCUACAGUGACGUCUUCGACCGCUACUUCCAGUGCGACGGCCACGUCAGGAUCUACCACGGCAACUGCAACACGCCGAUCCCCGCCGAGUAGCGGUGGGGCUUGGUCCGGCUCCUGGCUGCAGGUCCAAGCGGUGGGGUCGGGUCGGUGGCCGUGUUGCGGCAGCUUCUCUCAACACCUUCCCGUGGACUCGGCGGGCAGCCAGGACCUCCUGGGUGGGGCUCCUCGCCAGGACUGCCGCGGCGGAGGCCGGAUGGGGACUGCCCUGUCGUUUCCCACGGCUGCAUGGACGCUGCUGCCCUGCCGUGGGGCUGGAACCCGGUGCUGUGCCUCUGGGGCAGCUGGCCUGGGCAUCCCACAUCUGCCCUCGGGGGGGGGGUCGUCUACAUCCGCGUUGCUGCUCCCAAUCCGUGCCAGGCAAGGCCACGUCACCCCAGUUUCCAGCCAGGCCAAAAGGGUUGCUGGUGGGCCAAGAGCAUCUCUCCAGGUCAACCUUUCGGACUCCGGACACAAACGGGCCCCUUUGCAUGGGCAGGACGAUGGCCUAGUGGACAAGGAUUGGGGGGCAGCGGCCUUCCCUCUGGCGGGUGAGCGAGAUGUGGAGGAGGAGAGUGCGCUGUGGACUCUGCAUGAAAGCUCCUCUCUCAC